AUGCCAAAAAAAACUCCCACGGCUAAUAAAACUAUAAUCCGGUUUUUCUUUAUUGAAGAAAAGAAAGAUGAUAAAGAAACAGGAUAUUGGAAAUGCAAAUAUUGCACAGAUGAUGAAGGAGUUUCUAUCGUAACCAUUAAAAAAGAAAAGGGAACCGGCUGGUCAAAUACUUUUAGUCAUAUUAGUAGUAAGCAUAAAGAUUAUCAAGAAAUCAUAAAAAAGAAUGUGAAAAAUGUUUUUGCACUUACUCCAGCAGUUAAAAAUAUUUUAAGUUGGAUCAAAUUUAUUAUUCAUUUGAAUUUGCCUCUUAGUUUUGUGGAUGAUCCUCUAGUUCAUGAAAUGUUUAAGUACGAUCCUAUUUUCUCAAAUACGUUGAAAAAGCAUAUGAAAAUCUUAACAGAAAAGGUUGAGCAAAAUUUAAAAAAGGAAUUACCUAAUACUUUUGGACUGUUAUUGAAUGGAUGGAAAGAAGGAAGUGAUUAUUAUAUUGCUUUAUUUGCCUGCUACUAUGAUAGAAAAAAAGGAUGUCAAUUACCGUUACUUGCAUUUCAACCAAUUCCUGAUUAUUAUGAAGAUACUAUCAAGGAAUAUACAUUAACUGCUGAAGCUCACAAACAGUUUAUUAUCUCUGUCUUGAAGUAUUAUAAAGUCGCUCUUCAAUUGGAUUGUCUAUUAUUUUUGGUUGGAGAUAACUGCAAUACAAAUAAGGCACUUGCUAAAUUAUUAAAUAUUUCUCUAAUUGGAUGUGCGAGCCAUAAACUCAACUUGGCAGUAAAGCGUUUUCUUGAAGAAUAUAAUACUUUGUUGGAAAAUAUAAAUAAGCUAAUGAUAAAGCUUUCAACUAUAAAGCAAGUAGCCAAAUUACAUUGCAGUUGUGAUCUUCAACCUAUCAAGAGAGAUGAAACUAGAUGGUCAUCUACUUUUGCAAUGAUUUCAAGAUUUUUCGAAUUGGUUUCUUAUUUGAAUGAAGAGGAUAAAGAAUUGUUUAAAUUUAUUCCUUCUAGAAGCGAACAAAAUUCUCUUAAAAAAUUAUUGGAAAAGCUUACUGAUUUUGAAUCAGUAUCCAGAAAGAUUCAAGAAGAUAGUAUUGAUCUUUUUACUGUAUGCUGUUUAUUUGAUGCUUUGAUUGAUAAAUAUCCAAUUGUUGAAGAAUAUUUAAGUGAACAUGUUUUGAUUGUAUGCAAUCCUUCAUUUGAAUCUGAAAUUUGCAAAGUAAUAACAGGAAACGAAAAUUUAACAGUAAAAGAAACAACAGCCAUGAAAUGUUUAAAAAUAAAAACAGAUGAAAUAGGAGAACAAGAAUCUUUUGUUGAAAGAGUUUUGAAAAGACCUCGCUUGUCCAAGUAUCCUGACUUAAAAUUUAUUCCACCUACUUCAAACUUAGUGGAGCGAUUUUUUAGUCAAGCAAACUGUUUCUGGAACGGAAGACUUUUACAAUCUGUUUAUGAUGAAAUUGAAUCUAAAUAA